GACACCUUUCGAUUCAAAGGUCACAAUGGCUGGAGCUCUGAAGGGCCCAGGCCCCUGAGCCAGGAGAAGAGGAAGAGUCCAAGGAAAGAUGGCUGGCAGUCACCCCUACUUCAACCUGCCCGACUUCACCCAGCAGCCACCAUCGCCCUCCACUCCGCCCAGCCUCCCCUCGCACCAGCGCUGCCGGCCCUCCGAUGCCACCAAAGGCCUGCUCGUGGCCCUGCUGGGUGGGGGCCUGCCCGCUGGCUUCGUGGGCCCCUUCUCCCGUAUGGCUUACCAGGCUUCCCACCUACCCUCGCUGGAGCUGCUCAUCUGUCGCUGCCUCUUCCACCUCCCCAUUGCCCUGCUACUUAAACUGCGUGGCGACCCACUGUUGGGACCUCCCGAUGUCCGGGGCCGGGCCUGCCUCCACGCCCUACUCAACGUCCUCAGCAUCGGAUGCGCCUACAGUGCAGUGCAGGUGGUGCCCGCUGGCAAUGCUGCCACUGUCCGCAAAGGUUCUUCCACGGUCUGCUCUGCUCUCCUCGCUCUCUGCCUUGAGAGCCAGCGUCUCAGCGGCUACGACUGGUGUGGCUUGUUGGGCAGCACCCUGGGACUCAUCAUCAUUGUGGGACCUGGACUAGGGACACUGCAGGAGGGGACCACGGGCCUCUACACCGCCCUGGGCUAUGUGCUUGCUUUCCUGGGCGGCCUGGCACUGUCACUGGGGCUCCUGGUGUAUCGCUCCCUGGACUUCCCCUCCUGCCUACCGACAGUGGCCUUCCUGUUUGGCCUGGUGGGGCUGGUGGGCUCCGUGCCAGGCCUCUUUGUGCUGCAGACCCCCGUGCUGCCCAACGAUCCUCUGAGUUGGAGCUGCGUGGGAGCAGUGGGGAUCCUUGCCCUGGUCUCCUUUGUGUGUGUGAGUUAUGCGGUCACCAAGGCCCAUCCCGCCCUGGUGUGCGCCGUCCUGCAUUCUGAGGUGGUGGUGGCCCUGAUGCUGCAGUAUUACGUGCUCUAUGAGACCGUGGCACCUUCGGACAUCAUGGGGGCAGGGGUCGUGUUGGGCAGCAUUGCCAUCAUCACUGCCCAGAACCUCAGCUGUGAGAGGGAAGGGCAAGUGGAGGAGUGAGAUCGAACCUGAGAGCCUGGGGGUGGGGGGUGGGCAGGGGUAAAUAUAAGGAAAGACUGGAAUACAAACAUGUGAAAGAACUGGUGUGGGAGAAGGACACCCCUUGGAGUCAAGGGUGACCCGGGGACUUGGUAGGAGGUAGGAAGGGACUACCUAGAAAACCUGGAACCAGCCUGGAGAUCAACAUAUUUGGAAUCUAGGCUGGGGCUUGGGAUCAGGGCAGAACUAAGGGGUGACAUCUGAAGAGCAGAUCAAAGGGGCUGAAGCAGGUAGGCCAUGAGCCACUGGGAGGAUUUUUCCCUCGGCAGCAGAGAGAGAAGAGCACUGGGGCUGGAGUGACUGGGGCUUUCAGGCAGAUCAAGCAGCUGUGCUGGCGGAAGGGAGUAUGCCUUUUUUUUUUCCCCUCUGAGCGUUGGUUUCCCUUCCUCGUGGUUAUGCUCCCCCCUCCCACCUUGGUGUGGUGACGUGAUAUUGACAUCAAACAAGGAUCACUCUGAAUGUGGCUCUGCAGUUGGUGUCAUCUCUGCUUUGGAAGGACAGUGGAAGUCCUACCCCCUGCUCUUAUUGGAGAAUCCCUUAGGAUCCUCACACACCUCUACCACCAUCUUAUUUUUGAGAUAUUCUAGAAGGGGGAGGAUUUCCUCAUGUUCAGAGGCUUUGACCCCGAGUUCCCCAGGACUUCUGCGUCCCGCCCCAUGGCUAAUCUGCUUUUCCUGGAUUGUCGCGGUCCCGUGAUCUCUCCCGGAUAGUGGCCAGCGUCCUUCCGGAGCAGGCCUCUGAGCUGAGGCCUCUGGCAGCGGCGCAGGCCGGAGAUCCUAAACCAGAGCCCCGGACAGCGCUCCGUCAGAGGCCUGGAAAUGUCCACUCGUCUCAGGAGGCCGCUCGACAUAUAUCAGCUACUUCCGGACAAGCAAUUGGCCUCGCCAUCUUGACCUGUUCUUGCAUAUUCAGCGCGACUACUGCAUAUUCAUGACCAAGGACGGCCCCCAGCACUCCCCCCUUCGGGAACCUACUUGGGAGGAUCCGACCGGCCCCGCCUCCUUCAUUACCGAUUCUCAGAACAGACCAUUUUCCAGUGAAGGGGGUGACAUGAAUGAGAAACUUUGGCUGAAAAUGAAACCUCACUCGGAACGAGAAUAAAAGCGGCCUAUAUUUACCCUUGA